UUUAUUCUCAUCUCGCUCACUUCUAUUACUAUCUCAUUCGUUCUUAAUAAUCUCUCGCUCGCUCCUUUUACUGUUUCGCUCGUUCUUAUUGAAUGUCUCGUUCGCUCUUGUAUUUUCUCGCUCGCACACAUACGAAAAAUCAAUAACUCUGUUACCGUCAUUUCGUCCACAUAGCACGGAACACAACCAGGUAGCACGGACGCACACCAAACGAACGAUUUUAUUGACAGGAUCGAAAAGUGGAUGUGGUACGUAGUUCUACAUCCACGUUUGGCGCUGAUGCUACAUCCACAUUUCGGUCGCACGAAAAAGGCCGCGGUGGCCGCUCUCAGGCUUCUCUCUGUUAUAGGUCUUUAAUACCCAAGAGCACUCGAGUGACGUUUCUGAACGCACCCCAGGUAUCAUUUUAUCCUUGUUAUUUAUAUAUACUGAAUGUUAAACAAGGAUAAAACAACAUCUGAGGGCACUUCGGGAAUCUGAACGCACUCCUACAGGGAUUAUCGAUAUAGGAGAGUGUAUUAUAUAUAUGGAAUUGUAGGAUGGUAUUUAAUAUUUGCUAACUCUGACGAGAAAAGGAAAAGAAGAAAAAAGAAAGGGAAAUUUUGAUGGUGACACGUACAACUUCACGUCGCGAUUAUUCAAGGAAAAGAAAUGACUCUUAUGGAUUUCUUUGGUUGCGCCUGUUUGGCUUUCGGCCCACCAUUAGCCAUGUUUACGUUCACCGUCGCUGCCGAGCCAAUUAGAAUAAUCAUAUUAAUCGCCAGCGCAUUUUUCUGGCUAAUCUCUCUUUUGCUGUCAUCUGUGCUCUGGUAUGCUGUCGUUCCGCUGCAAGAACAUCUUGCAUUCGGCUUGGUCUUUUCUGUACUGUUUCAAGAAGGUUUCAGGUAUCUGUUAUACUGGGUACUGCGUAAAGCUGAGAGAGGCCUGGAGAAAGUUACAACGACGCACGUGGCCGACAGUAGACACGUGUUUGCGUACGUUUGCGGUCUGGGUUUCGGCUUCAUGAGCGGUGCCUUUGCCCUGGUCAACGUUUUGGCCGAUGCAGUUGGACCAGGUACCAUGGGACUGCGGCAGGGUACCGAAUACUUCUUUAUAAUAUCGGCUGCCACUACUCUAUGUUUCAUUCUCCUACAUACGUUCUGGGGUGUCAUCUUUUUCUCCGCCCUAGACAGGAAAAAUUGGGGACAAAUUAUCUGGGUGAUCGGAUCACAUCUGGUUGUCUCAUGUAUGACUUUGCUCAAUCGUUAUCAAGCGUACACGGCUAGUCUACUAUCCGCUUACAUAGUGCUAGUGAUAACAACCACGCUUGCGUUCAGAAACGCUGGUGGACGGAUGCAAUCUUUAAUUUUCUAUUUCAAAAGAAACAGAGCUUGAAGAUUAUUUAACAAUACACUUGUAAGAAAUUUACCUCUGGCAAAUUUGUUUAUAGUGAUGAACAUUCUUUCACUUUAGAUGCUAAUCUAAAAAAAUUGUCAUUUUAUUAUGUUAAAUGUCUCAAAUUUAAGUGUCAAAAUUUCAGGAUUGUAUAGGAUAGUGCUCAACUAAGAAGAAAGUUUUUUAAAAGUUUACUUAUUUUUAAUUUUUCUUCAGUAACACGAAUAAAUGGUUCAAAAGAAAAAGAAGUUAUGUAACUGUUGUAAAUUUAUUUUUUAUUAGUGUUACCCGCACAGACUUUUGCAUAAUGCAUAGUGCAUGACGCAUAAGAGAAUCAAUCAAUCAGAGUCGUCUAUUUCCCUCACCAGGAUAGAAAUAAAGACCUCUGAUUGGUUAAUUCUCUUAUGCAUUGUGCAUUUCGUGUUAUGCAGAAGUAUGUGCAGGAGCCCUAAGGGCUAUCACACACAAAAUGACAUAAGCUGCAUAAGCAUAGCAUAAGACCGGUGAACCAAUCAGUCUCAGCAUAAAGUCGCCAUAUUGAUAUACAUAAGAUGCUUUAUGCCUAGAGCUCUUAUGCUAUGUAUGUGCAAGUUAUGCCAUUUUGUGUGAUGGCCCCAUAGAUUUACUAAAAUAGACUGCUUAUGAAGGUAGUGGGGGUAUCCGUCACUGAGAAAAGGAUAAAGGCCCUCACAUAUGAAUUGACAUAACCAUAACAGUAAAGUUUUGACUAAUCACGUACUUGAUUCAGCCGGUUACGGUUACGAUCGCCCAAUCCAUCGCGUCGAAACCUUACUGUUGUGGUUAUGUCAAUUUAUGUGUAAGGGCCUUAACAGAUUUUAUAAUCGUGCGGUUCGUUGACUGCGCGUGUGGCACGCGGAGCAAGAGGAAUAGCGGGAGGCGGUGCCUACUGAAAUCGGCUAAGAAGUGCAUUUCGUGCCGACCUUUAUUUUAUAUAAUUGAUUUAUACAUUUAGGCAACUAAGGACAAGUACAAAGCAUAUUGAAGAAUUUUUGCAAACAGUUACAAAACUACUUUUUCUGUUGAAUGCAGCCAAUGAGAUAUAAAGAAAUACGAAAAUUUGUUUUUUCUGAAAAAAACCAGUAAAUUUUUAAAAGGACUUUUUAUUAAUUCAUUGAUUUUACACGUUUCCGAGAUUUUAACAUUAAAAUUCAGAAACGGUACGCGUAAAAAUGAUGUGUUUAAUGGGCAGGAUAUCUUUUUUAUUCAGAUUAUUAAACAAGAUAUAAAAUAUUAAAAUGCAAUAUUGUUAAUAAAUUUUCUACAUAGCAAAACUAUGCCACUGAAUUCAGGAAUGUAUAAUAUAUACACUGUCGUCAAAAGUUUCAAUUUUGAGGUUUUUUUCGCUUUUCAUAAAAAAUUAAAUACAAAAAGUUCAAAAAAUUUUGAAAAAAUUUAUAUGAAUAAAAAAAUAUAAUUAUUAAACAUUUUCUUUUUUAUAGUCUAUAGUUUUAAUUUAUAAGAAAAAUUUUUACACAAGAAGUUUUCGAUUAUGAGAAAUUGUUGCAUGAAUUUAAAAUAAAGUAUUUUAGAAUACUUAAAAAUAUAUAUAAUACAUACCUAAUAAAUAUAUAAUACAUAGCACAUAUAAUUUUUUAAGUUUUGUUCAAGGAUUUUGGAUCAAUAGUGGUUAAAAAAAUUUAAAAAAAUUAUCAAUUUUGUGGAACUUAGGAAAAAA